AGCUUUCGCUGGUGGUCAUUAAAUUAAACUCUGGUUCGUAUCCACCGAGCGAGCGCCUUUCCCAAUGGAGGAGCGUCUACAGCGGACCGGUUGCCUUCGGAAAUCUUUUGAGAGAACACAUCUUUUUCAUUGGACCUCCUCUCUCCUGAUGUAAGGAUCUACUUUUUGAAAGGACUAGUUUAACUUCCACCCCUUCGCAGCACCCGCGUUAUUGCACCGAUACCCCUCUGAUGUCCGCCCGGUAGCAGCCACAACCGCAGCUUCCCCAGACCCCCAUCGCGUGCCGCUUGCCAAUGCAAACCAAGCAUAAGUGGGGAGAAGCGCUCCGUGGGUCUCCCUCCUCCAUGGCUUCUUUUCCCUCCAUCCUCCCCCUUCCCCUCGUCUCCCUCUUCUUCCUCCUCUCCAUCCCUCCAGUGGCUCCUAUCCAGCCCCAAUGGCCCCUGCAACGCGUCCCUGUGGUCUUACCCCAGAUGACAGAGGACCGACCCGCCCCUCACUUCCAGGCUGACGCCCGAUUGGACGUCACCUCCCCAUGUGACCCAGAAUGCCACAAGAAGGCUCUUCCCCCCAGCUACUGGGACCUGCGUAGCAUCCUGUCAUACGAGACACUCCAUAGCAACGGUCGCCUCACCGAAACCGCCGUGGGGAUCUACGGGUACACCGCCCCCACCCAGACCACGCCGGCACUGCCUUCCCGACGCAAACGUCAGAUCUUUGGCCAUGACGGGCGUUUCAGCAUUGUAGGGCAAGACUUCCUGUUGAACUACCCAUUCUCGGCAGCGGUCAAGCUGUCCACCGGGUGUUCCGGAACACUGGUGGGCGACCGGCACGUUCUGACCGCCGCCCACUGCGUCCACGAUGGGAAGAACUACGUGAAAGGGGCGCAAAAGCUCCGGGUGGGUUUCCUGAAGCCAAAGCAGCGUGACUCUCCCAAUCCGGCCUCUGCCACCAAUGCAUCCAACACCCAUCCAUCACCCCCAGAUAAGAUGAAGUUCCAGUGGAUUCGUGCCAAGCGCACCCAUGUGCCCAAAGGCUGGAUCAAGGGCAACGGCAACGACAUCGGAAUGGACUACGACUACGCCUUGUUAGAGCUCAAGAAGGCCCACAAACGACGCCACAUGAAGCUGGGCGUCUCCCCGCCGGCAAAGCAGCUGCCCGGGCGCAGGGUCCAGUUCUCCGGCUAUGACAACGACCGGCCGGGACAGCUGGUCUACCGGUUCUGCCGGGCUGGAGAGGAGACGCCAGACCUGCUCUACCAGCACUGUGACGCCCAGCCCGGGGCCAGCGGCUCGGGGAUCUACGCUCGUAUGUGGGACCGGAGGAGGCGGCGCUGGGAGAGGAAGGUGAUCGGGGUGUUCUCAGGGCACCAGUGGGUGGAUCGAGACGGGGCGUCGCAAGAGUUUAACGUGGCAGUGAGGGUGACGCCUCUGAAAUACGCCCAGAUCUGCUACUGGAUCAAAGGAAACUAUGUAGACUGCCGAGAAGGAUGAGGAAGAGGUGGACAUGUCAUGCACAUACUGUACACACACACACACACACAUACAGAGGAUUGAUGGAGGACAAAGGGGGUCUUCACUUCCAUUGCUGAGGAAGUUGACAAGUGGACAUGUCAUUCAUACACGUGCAGAACACACUUCAUCAUGCAUUAAUACGGUUUCAUUACUAAUACAUACCAUUGUUCUGCAUGCAGAGACAUCCCUCCCAACACACAACUAGAACGACUCACAUUUACAUCCAGGAAGUCCUACUGUACAUACAUCCAUCCUCACUAACCCUUCCCAUCGCACAUUAAAUAAAAUGUAAAACAUGUAUUCGUGCCCUUCUUACUGCAUGAUCAACACUGUGCUUUGAAACACAACUGAAAGGUGUUAUGACUGAGCUUCAGAAGAUGGCUUUGACCAGGGACUCCCUGUACUUUAGAUGUCUUUGACCAGGGACUCCCUGGACCAGGGUGUUAUGACUGAGCUUCAGAAGAUGGCUUUGACCAGGGACUCCCUGUACUUUAGAUGUCUUUGACCAGGGACUCCCUGGACCAGGGUGUUAUGACUGAGCUUCAGAAGAUGUCUUUGACCAGGGACUCCCUGUACCAGGGUGUUAUGACUGAGCUUCAGAAGAUGUCUUUGACCAGGGACUCCCUGGACCAGGGUGUUAUGACUGAGCUUCAGAAGAUGUCUUUGACCAGGGACUCCCUGUACCAGGGUGUUAUGACUGAGCUUCAGAAGAUGUCUUUGACCAGGGACUCCCUGGACCAGGGUGUUAUGACUGAGCUUCAGAAGAUGUCUUUGACCAGGGACUCCCUGGACCAGGGUGUUAUGACUGAGCUUCAGAAGAUGUCUUUGACCAGGGACUCCCUGGACCAGGGUGUUAUGACUGAGCUUCAGAAGAUGUCUUUGACCAGGGACUCACUGGACCAGGGUGUUAUGACUGAGCUUCAGAAGAUGUCUUUGACCAGGGACUCCCUGUACCAGCAUGUUAUGAGCUUCAGAAGAUGUCUUUGACCAGGGACUCCCUGGACCAGGGUGUUAUGACUGAGCUUCAGAAGAUGUCUUUGACCAGGGACUCCCUGGACCAGGGUGUUAUGACUGAGCUUCAGAAGAUGUCUUUGACCAGGGACUCCCUGGACCAGGGUGUUAUGACUGAGCUUCAGAAGAUGGCUUUGACCAGGGACUCCCUGGACCAGCGUGUUAUGACUGAGCUUCAGAAGAUGGCUUUGACCAGGGACUCCCUGGACCAGGGUGUUAUGACUGAGCUUCAGAAGAUGUCUUUGACCAGGGACUCCCUGGACCAGCGUGUUAUGAGCUUCAGAAGAUGUCUUUGACCAGGGACUCCCUGGACCAGGGUGUUAUGACUGAGCUUCAGAAGAUGUCUUUGACCAGGGACUCCCUGUACCAGGGUGUUAUGACUGAGCUUCAGAAGAUGUCUUUGACCAGGGACUCCCUGUACCAGGGUGUUAUGACUGAGCUUCAGAAGAUGUCUUUGACCAGGGACUCCCUGGACCAGGGUGUUAUGACUGAGCUUCAGAAGAUGUCUUUGACCAGGGACUCCCUGGACCAGGGUGUUAUGACUGAGCUUCAGAAGAUGGCUUUGACCAGGGACUCCCUGGACCAGGGUGUUAUGACUGAGCUUCAGAAGAUGGCUUUGACCAGGGACUCCCUGGACCAGCGUGUUAUGACUGAGCUUCAGAAGAUGGCUUUGACCAGGGACUCCCUGGACCAGGGUGUUAUGACUGAGCUUCAGAAGAUGUCUUUGACCAGGGACUCCCUGGACCAGCGUGUUAUGAGCUUCAGAAGAUGUCUUUGACCAGGGACUCCCUGGACCAGGGUGUUAUGGUGAAGAGAACAUUUAAUGCACUGAAAGGAUGAAAUAGGAGGAACAAGAAGAUGUGUAAGAGAUUGGUGGAGACAGAUGCAGUUUCACUGCUAAUUCUAUAGAUUGUCAGAGCUCUGUUGGGACAACUUUUUUUUCUUCUGUUAUUGCCAAUGAAUGUAACCCUGUCAUCAACCAAAGGUGCUACCCUGCUCUUAAAAAAUGUAAACUCAAGGUAUAGACUGUCACAGUACAAACGGUUGGUGUUUCAAAUGGACCCAAGUAAAAUAUCCAUAGCUCCCCCUGCUGGGCCAAAUAGAACACUACAGGCCACUUUGAUGACAGCAGUGUUGACUCUGGAACACUGACCCUCAACUACUCAUGAUCAUGAUAUGCACUUUGUCAAACCUUAUGGGUGAGCUAUUUUUCUGUUUCAAAAACAAUUGUGCAGCAAUAUAUAUAUAUAUAUAUCAACUUUAUAAUGCUUUGGAAUAAAAUGCAUAAUGUGG